AUGGCGGUAACCUUGUCUACUCCGUGGUUCAAGCCCGGCGCAUGGGCUAUAGAUGUCGAGGAACACGAGGCUGAACUUCAACAGCAAAAGCAAGAACAUGACACCAAUAAUGAAAUCAACGAUUUCCCAUCCCUAGUCGUAGCUGCCGCCACCAAAACCAAGAAGAAAAAGGGCCAGACUCUCUCCUUAGCCGAUGAAGAUUCUUCCGGCUCUCGUUGGGCCUCUUCUAGGGUUUCUAUUCGAAUAGAGAAUCUCAGCCGUCAUCACGUGCCGACGAGAUCGAUAAUUGGGCAGCAGCGAACAAGUCUGCGCCCAGCACAAGGAGUGGGGGUUUCUUUGAUUCGCAGUCAUCCAAGGCUGAUGACAGUGACAGCUGGGUUUCGAACAGGACUGAAACUCGGAACCGAUUCAGUUUCAACAGUGGUGUCGAGAGGAAGACCACGUUCGGUGCCUUUGAAUGAAGGGGGUGCGAAUGUAGUGAAACCUAAGGGAGUGAAUCGGUUUGGCGAGGCAAGGCCAAGAGAGCAGGCGUUGUCGGAGAAAGGGAUGGAUCCCAAAGAAAUUGACGGAAAGCUUGAGGUGAUGAGGAUUAAAGAGGAGAAGGCUGAUAUGCCCUCGUUUGGGAGGAGGGGAUUUGGUAAUGGGCGCGGUGGGUUUGGUGAGAGCAGAAGUUGGAGGAAGAAUGACUCUUGA